AUUCCUAAGGCAGAAAGAGAGGUUCGUAGACAAAUACAUCAGGCUUACAUAGUUAUGAUGAUUGUACAUGGUGCUAUGCGCAAUAAAUGGUGCAAUGACUACGAGUUAUGGAACAGGUUGAGGAACUCUGUAAACCCAUUGGCGUUGGAACUUAUCCACCAGAACGUCAACAACAAAGUGCUAGAUACGGUAAAGUCGCGUAGAUUUUUAGAUGGGCUACAGAAGAUCAUGAAGCAGUACCGUCACAGAUUCAGAGUAACUUCUCAAGGUUUGAUACGCAAGAACUGGAACGAACUUGGAAUACGACAGAAUCGAAUUGAAAAAAAUGUCACCUUCGAUCGAUUUCGAUAUUUAUUGCUGAACUUUCGAGGAUCCAAAGACAUCGGGGCUCAAGGGUUUGUCUGUCUAUUGCGUUCUUUGGGGCUCAAUGCUAGAUUAGUAUUCUCGUUACAGCCACCUGACUACACCAUGACAGCCGCAUUGCCCCCAAUAGACGUUGAUACUCUUACAGGAGGUGCUGGUUCAUCUUCUGCAAACAUUCUGUCUAUUUCUAAAGACGCUAAACAGAAUCUUCUUUCCAGCAUACGCGCAAAAUCCACAGUUACUUCCGCAGAAAGAACUAUCAGGCCCGUCUUUGAUGACCCCAGCUACCCCAUCUUCUGGGCAGAGGUUUGGAAUAAGUAUUCACGGAAGUGGGUAGCUAUCGACCCGUUUGUACUUGAGACUUUGGAGGUUCCCCCCAUGAUGAGAAAGUCGAAGUUCGAACCUACAUUAUCUGAAACACGCAAUCAGCUUCUAUAUGCUAUUGCGUUCGACAAGUACGGCUGUGUACGAGAUGUCACCCGUAGAUAUAGCCAAUACUAUAAUGCUAGAACAGUCAAGAAGAAAAUCCACUACCGUUCAGACGAAGACGAGCAUUGGUACGAGAAAGUCAUACGUGCAUCUACAUCUGCAUUAAGAAGAAAGUUGAAUAAACUAGACAUAUUGGAGCUUAAGGAAUUCUACGAUCGUGAUUUGGCAGAGGGAAUGCCUAACAGUAAGGCUGAUUUUAAAAACCACCCCAUCUACGCGUUGGAAACCCAUUUGAAACACAAUGAGAUUAUCUACCCCAAGGACGAUACUAGCAAAUGUGGAGUAUUCCGUGCCAAAUCCACUAGAUCCAAGAAGAAUUCUGAAGAAGUAAUACCCGUAUACAAAAGGUCACAUGUAUAUUUAGUAAGGUCUGCUAAAGCGUGGUAUAUGCGAGGUAGAAUUUUGAAGAUGGGAGUCCAGGCACUUAAAGUGAAACAGCGUAGAGCCACCACUCCUUCUAACGAUGGAUCAGAUACCGAAGAAGCUGAUGGACGAUUAUAUGCCGAGUUUCAAACUCAGCUAUACAUACCACCACCGAUUAUAGAUGGUUUAAUACCGAAGAAUGCUUUUGGAAACAUAGAUGUCUACACAUCUAGCAUGCUUCCAGAGAAUGGGUAUUUACUAGAUACUUCUGGAAUCUAUACUAUGAAGAUGGCAGAACAAGCAGCUAGGAUCUUAGAAAUAGAUUAUGCCAGGGCUAUUGUUGCCUUUGAUUUUGGGGGUAAAAAGGAGAAAAGAAACAGCACAAGAAUUCCAACGGCCCGUGAGGGAGGAAUUGUUAUUGAUAGCCAGUACAAGGAGGCUAUAUUUUUGGUUCUAGACACUCUUGUAGAAGAAGAAGCAGAGCAGCAGAGGCAAAACGUGGAAUUAAACACCUUAAAGAACUGGAAGUAUUUCCUUAUCAAACUUAGAAUUAUGGAGAGAUUGAACGCU